AUGUCUGACGACGAGGGUUUUGAUAUUACCGGGUCUCUUGCACUCCAAGGCAAGGAGUACGAUUCCGACUCGUCCUCUGGUUCCGACUUCAGCGACAAUGAAGAGAUCAGGGACGUGAUUUCUUCAGACGAUGAGGCUGAUGAGGUAAAGAAAGAUUCAAAGAAACCAGCUAAGAAAGUGGUCAAACCGGCAAUGCCGAGUCUUGAACUCUCAGACGAUGAAGCUGAUGAGAAAGCUGAUGAGGAUUUGUCCUCUUAUUUUGUCCAGAACAACCCUACUGCUAAGAAAGCUAAGGCAGGUUCAUUUGCAUCUUUUGGUCUUUCCAAGUUCGUCUUGAUAAAUAUCGCCAAGAAGGGUUUCAAACAGCCUACCCCUAUUCAAAGAAAGACUAUACCUCUUAUCAUGGAGAACCGUGAUGUGGUUGGUAUGGCCAGAACCGGUUCGGGUAAGACUGCUGCAUUCGUGUUGCCAGUUAUUGAAAAAUUAAAGUCACACAGUGCCAAGGUCGGUGCAAGAGCAGUCAUCUUGUCACCUUCAAGAGAAUUGGCUCUACAAACCUAUAAGCAAGUUAAAGAAUUUAGCCGUGGUACUGAUUUGCGCUCUUUGGUACUUAUCGGUGGUGAUUCUUUGGAAGAACAGUUUUCUUCUAUGAUGUCAAAUCCUGAUAUCAUUGUCGCAACUCCAGGUAGAUUCUUGCAUUUGAAAGUCGAGAUGCAACUAGAUUUGAGUACCGUGGAGUACAUUGUCUUCGAUGAGGCUGAUCGUUUGUUCGAGAUGGGAUUUGCAGAACAGUUGAACGAGUUAAUCGCAUCCUUACCCGAGUCCCGUCAGUCGCUUCUCUUUUCCGCUACUCUUCCAAGAUCUUUGGUUGAUUUUGCCAAGGCAGGUUUAACAAACCCUGUUUUAGUGCGUCUUGAUGCAGAGACUAAGGUUUCGGAGAAUUUGCAAAUGGCCUUUUUCUCUACCAAAAAAACCGAACGUGAAGCUGCGUUGUUGCAUAUCAUUCAGGAAGUCGUAAAGCUACCAGUGGCUACCGAAGAAGAGCUCGCUAGAAUAAAGGCCGAGUCCAAGAAGGCAGAUGAACAAUCUGAUGAUGAAGAUAACAAUAGAGACAAGGAUAAGUCGAAAAAUAGGAAGAAGUUCAAGAAGCAAAGACUUCCUCCAGCGAAUGUUCUACCAUCGAAACACUCGACCAUCGUUUUCGUUCCUACGAAACAUCAUGUCGAGUAUAUUUCAGGCCUCCUUAGAGACGCCGGUUACUUGGUCUCCUACAUAUAUGGUUCCCUUGAUCAACGGGCUAGAAAAGAGCAGCUUUAUCGUUUCAGAAUUGGUUUCACAAGUUUGCUUGUCGUCACAGAUGUGGCCGCUCGUGGUAUCGAUAUUCCAGUCCUCGCUAAUGUUAUCAAUUUUACCUUACCCGCAUCUCCCAAGAUCUUCAUUCACAGAGUGGGUAGAACCGCUAGAGCAGGUAAUAAGGGUUGGGCAUACUCCAUCGUUAACGAAAAGGAACUUCCUUAUCUUCUUGAUUUGGAGCUCGUGUUGGGUAAGAAGAUUUUGCUUACUUCAAUGCAUGAAACGAAAUGUGAGCUCCUUAAGGAAAGUAAAGGAGAUGAUUAUGUCGAACCGAGAGUCUCAUACACUGAUAGACUUGUGUUAGGAUCUCUUCCCCGUGGACCUUUGGAGACCUUCGAGGAGAUGUUCGAAAAUUUGUUGAAGAAUAACUACGACCUCAAGACAUUGAAAGACGUGGCUGCAAAGGGUGAGAAGCUUUAUCAUCGUACAAGGCAAGCUGCCUCUGUUGAAUCUGUGAAGAGAACUAAAGAAGUUUUGGAAACAGACGCAUGGGAUGAUCAACAUCUAAUCUUCGGACCUAACUUAGAGAAGGAGAAGGAGAAGUUCCUCGCCAGACUCACUAAUAGAAACACGAAGGAAACUGUCUUUGAGUUUUCCAAGAAGGGCCGUGAGAAGGAGGAAGACGGUAUGGUCGUUUUCAUGCAAAGAAGACGCAGGCAAAUUGCACCACUUCAGCGUAAGGCAAAAGAAAGAAGGGAUCUACUCGAGCAGGAGCGUGCUGCUGGCUUGACCCACAGCAUCCAGGAUGAGAUCUUGAAGUCGGAUGCUGGUGAGGUUGGUUAUGCUGUGAAGUCCGUGGAGGCAGGUGAAGACGAAUUGCAAGAUGCAUUCGAAGAUGCCGAUGAACUCUAUGCCAAGAAGAAGAAGGAGAAGAAGAGUUUUAGGGACCCCAAUUUCUACAUGAGCCAUCAUGCUCCAGCAGCAGAAGCUAUUGAAGAUAAGCAUUACGGUUUAAGCUCGUUUGCAAACGAUGCAGCACACGCUACAUUUGAUUUGGACAAUGAUGAAAAGGUUCAGAAACAGUCACAGGUGAUGAGAUGGGACAAAAAGAAGGGCAAAUAUAUCAACUCCAGGUCCGCUGACGAUACCAAGUAUAUUAUCAGUGAGUCUGGUCAGAGGAUACCCGCCACUUUACGUUCUGGUAAGUUCGAUGAUUGGAGAAAGAAGAGAAACAUUUCGUCUGCACAGGCUGGCAUGGCUGAGAAUGCUUCUGACAACAAUCAGAACAAGAGGUUCAAGCAUAACAAGGUUUCUGCUCCUAAAUUGCCUGAUAAGUUUAGGGAUGACUACCAUAAGCAGAAGAAGAAGGUUGGUAAGGCCGUUGAUUCUGGCGUGAACGUGAAGGGCUUCCACAAGCCUGGACAAAAGGAUGAAUUGAGACUGACAGAACAGAUCAGAAAGAUGAGAAACGUGAAGGAGAAGAGGAAGGCUAAAAAUGCCCGUCCUACUAAGCGCAGAGGUAAAUAA